CACAGCGCGACCGCGCCGCCCGCGGCGGGCCGGGAGCAGCAGCAGCAGCAGCAACAGCAGCAGCAGCAGCAGCAGCAACAGCAACAGCAGCAGCAGCCGCCGAGGCCGGGCGUGCGCCUGAGGCGCGGCGGCGGCGGCGGCGGCCCUGCGGGCAGCCAGGAGGGGCGGGGGCAGCGGCCGCCGCCGUUUGAUGGAUCCGAGGAUCGCCUGGUUCCAGCCAGAGCAGCUCGGACCGUCCAACAGUCUGUGGAUGCAGAUCUGGGAGACGACCCAGGGACUGAGGAACCUCUACUUCAACCACCACUGUCACAGCAGCGGCGGCGCGAGCGGCGGCGGCGGCGGCAGCAGCACGGCCACCGGCGGGAGCGGCAGCAGCACCGGCAGCCCGGGCGGCGCGGCCCCGGCCCCGGCCCCGGCCGGCAUGUACCGUUCUGGGGAGCGCCUGCUGGGCGGCCACGCGCUGCCGGUAGAGCAGCGGGACUUCCUGCCCCUGGAGACGACCAACAACAACAACCACCACCACCAGCCCGCGGCCUGGGCCCGCCGGGCUGCCGCGGGCCCCUCGGCGUCCCCGUCCCCCUUGGCGUCCUCGUCCCCGCACUCCUCGGCCGCCAUCCCCGCCGCGGAACCCGCCGACCCAGCUUCGGGCAGCAGCAACAAGAGGAAGCGCGACAAUAAGGCCAGCACCUACGGACUCAACUACAGCCUGCUGCAGCCCAGCGGAGGGCGGGCCGCGGGGGGCGGCCGGGCCGACGGCAGCGGGGGCUUGUACAGCGGGACCCCGUGGAAGCGGAGGAACUACAACCAGGGAGUCGUGGGUCUGCAUGAAGAAAUAAGUGAUUUUUAUGAAUACAUGUCUCCAAGACCAGAGGAGGAGAAGAUGCGGAUGGAGGUGGUGAACAGGAUCGAGAGUGUGAUUAAGGAACUCUGGCCCAGUGCUGACGUCCAGAUAUUUGGAAGUUUUAAAACUGGCCUGUAUUUACCUACUAGUGACAUCGAUCUUGUGGUGUUUGGGAAGUGGGAGAACCUACCCCUCUGGACCCUGGAAGAAGCUCUUCGGAAGCAUAAGGUUGCAGAUGAGGAUUCGGUGAAAGUUCUAGACAAAGCAACUGUACCUAUUAUUAAAUUAACAGAUUCUUUUACCGAAGUGAAAGUUGAUAUCAGCUUUAAUGUACAGAAUGGUGUGAGAGCAGCUGACCUCAUCAAAGAUUUUACCAAGAAAUAUCCUGUAUUACCAUACUUGGUUUUAGUAUUGAAACAGUUCUUAUUACAGAGGGACCUUAAUGAAGUAUUUACAGGUGGAAUUGGUUCUUAUAGUCUCUUUUUAAUGGCAGUGAGUUUCCUUCAGUUACAUCCCAGGGAAGAUGCUUGCAUCCCCAAUACAAACUAUGGUGUUCUCUUAAUAGAAUUUUUUGAAUUAUAUGGACGACACUUCAAUUAUUUAAAGACUGGCAUCCGGAUAAAGGAUGGUGGUUCCUAUGUGGCCAAAGAUGAAGUACAGAAAAAUAUGCUAGAUGGCUACAGGCCAUCCAUGCUUUAUAUUGAAGAUCCUUUACAACCAGGUAAUGAUGUUGGAAGGAGUUCAUAUGGGGCCAUGCAAGUGAAACAGGCCUUUGAUUAUGCCUACGUUGUUCUGAGUCAUGCUGUAUCGCCAAUAGCAAAGUACUAUCCCAACAACGAAACGGAGAGCAUAUUAGGUAGAAUAAUUAGAGUAACAGAUGAAGUUGCCACAUAUAGAGACUGGAUAUCAAAGCAGUGGGGCUUGCAGAAUAGGCCUGAGCCUUCAUGCAAUGGAAAUGGUGUUACCUUGAUAGUAGAUACUCAGCAGUUAGAUAAAUGUAAUAAUAAUCUAUCUGAAGAAAAUGAAGCCCUUGGAAAAUGUAGAAGUAAAACUUCGGAAUCUGUUAGUAAACACUCUUCAAACUCUUCAUCAGGUCCAGUGUCUUCCUCUUCCGCUACACAGUCCAGCUCUAGUGACGUCGAUUCCGACGCGACACCGUGCAAAACCCCGAAACAGCUGCUCUGCCGCCCGUCCACUGGGAACCGGGUAGGGUCGCAGGAUGUGUCCUUGGAAUCCUCUCAGGCAGGCGGGAAAAUGCAGAGCACCCAGACCACUAACAUAUCCAACAGCACCAACAAAUCCCAGCAUGGAUCAGCAAGGCUCUUUCGUUCUUCCAGCAAAGGCUUCCAAGGUACAACCCAAACAAGCCAUGGUUCCUUGAUGACAAACAAACAACAUCAAGGCAAAUCAAAUAAUCAGUAUUACCAUGGCAAAAAGAGGAAACACAAGAGGGACGCCCCCCUCUCAGACCUUUGUAGAUAGUCGGCGUUGUACGAUGGACUGUCUUCUGUGUGCAAUGAUCUCAUGCUCAGGACAGUUGGAUAGGGACUCCUGGGAAACAUUCGGGAGCCUUACACUGUUCAGACGUUGAUUUAGCAACUGCGUUUUUUCCCAGCUCGCCACGGAAUGGAUCAUGAAGACUGACAACUGCAAAAACAAAAAGCACGCAAAAAAGGGGGGAAAAAAAAGGCUGCUCAUUUGAUAAGUCAUAUGCUAUAACAGGGUCAUUUUAAGAUUUAAAGCUUGAAUGUAAAAUAAAUCUAUUUCUCAUUGGCUUUAUGCAGAGUUAUAGGGACUAGUAUUCAGUGUGGGUAGGGUGACAGAAACAAGAAACAAUUUCAGAGGAUGGGGUGGGGAAGGAAAACACAGGUAUCUUAUAGGAAGUCCAGAUUUCAAAGGGGAAAGUGAUCUGUGCAUGUUUUUUUUUUUUUUAAUAUUUUUGCAUAUAUUUACCAUUUUAUUGUGUGUAUAUAUAGAUGACCAUAUAGGAAAUUGAUAUUUGUAAUAGUGGAUUUGUUAAUACUUUUUACAUAACAUUACUGUUUAAAUUGUAAACAGAUUUUUCUCAGGAUUAGUUUGAAAAAUAAUCUGAAUUGUCAUCUUAACAUCCAUCUAUAGGGAAGUGAUUAGUUCUAUUACUCAAUUUGUUUCCUCAACAUUGAAAUGACUUAAUAGAACCCUUGUGACCUGCUGCAAAAAUUUUCCUCUCUAAAGAAAAGGUUAUGGUGGCAAAUGACGUUUACUUUAUUUUGUAAAAAAACAAAAAACAAACAAAAAAAACAUACGUACUAUGUACUUUUGUGUAAACACUGAAAAAUCUCUAGUCAUCUCUAAGAAUUGACUUGCAACUGUUUUCUAUAGUGCUGUCGUCUUGGGCAAUGGGCAAUUACAUGACUUUGUGUUUGUUUCCUUUGCAGUCUUUUUUUUUUUUUCUUUUCUU